AUGCUGGGGAGGUAAAAAGAAAGAAGAAGAAAGAAACAUAUAUGUGAUUUGAACCUCUUGAUGUAUGUGAAUUUUUAGGGUUGAAUCAAGUUGAAUCACCCCAUGUGACACCUGUUAGAGAGCAGAGGUGUAAAAAAACAGCAUGUGCUGGAGUUUGGUAUUUUCUGCUUUGUGUCAAACUGCUGUACGAUGCUUUCUGCGACUUGAGCCAUGAUCCAGGCAAACAAACACACAAGUUUUAUUGCUCAAAUUGAUUCAAAUCCCCCCAAAAAGGGGGUCAUUUUAAAGUCAGCACUAAUCACACUAACUGAAGUGGUUCUUACUGAAGAUUUUUAUCUUUGCACUGAGGAGACAAAUAUAAAAUUCAAACCAGAUGACCUGCUUUAAUAACAUGUAAUUGGACAUCAAAACAGAGGAGUUGGAGCUCUCUGAUCACUCUCUGAUGAACUGCGCCUAUCGCCUAAUCGAGCUGCGACGAUGCUCUCUGUAGUGCACACGGGCAUCCACACCAACAGGAGGAGCUAUAGUCGUGGGAAUCUGCGCCCACAGGUGUGAACUCGCACUGCUGCUGCUGCUGAGCGCGUACCCGACUGCUACAGGUGUCCAGAGCUCAGAGCAACAAAGGUUCAAACACGGGAGUGCGCUGUCGGAGUCGCGGGUGGGAAAUGAUCGACAGAAGAGGAUAAGGAACUUGGGCAGAAUUUAAAAGUUUGAAUCGCUCCAUGUGACAGCUAGCAGGACGGACUCUAAGCUGCUCAAACAUGAAGAGGAUCAAGCAGAUUGACAUAAAGCGAGCCCUCGCUAUGGCUGGAACCUUUAACUUCCUGUGCUCCUGCGCUAAAGCAUGCUUGCUGCCCUUCCUCACCCUGUACUUCAGACAGCUUGGCCUGACUCCUGCCAUGACGGGCAUCGUCAUGGGUACCAAGCACUUUAUUACGCUGGUGUGGAGCCCCGCGGCGAGCCUGCUCUCCAAACACUACAACAAGAGACGAGCGGUGAUCUGCGGCUCUGUCGUGUUUUCGGCAGCAGCCGCUCUGCUCCUCCUGCUCAUCCCGAACACGGAUAUGCAUGCAUGGACUUGUAACGCCUCGGAUCCGCACGUCGGCCCGCCCCAAAAUCCAUCUGAUGUACUGUCAGUGAACAUCACUGGACCUGUAACAUCCCAUCCAAAACCUCAUGUUUCCCAGUCGCUUGUCACUCAUCUUCCUGAUGCUGAUAGGAAAGCUCCUGUUAUUACAAAUGAAACUUCACCUCAUCAUCAUCACCAUCACAAUCACAGUCAUACCACUGAAUCUCCUCUUCUUUAUGCGCCACAAAAGAAUGAAUCAAAGGUGCUUGAAAGUUCCAGCAGCUCUUUGGCAACUCCGGUCAGAAACAAGAGGUCUGAGCUGAAAUCAGAGCAGCAAACGGGGGAGAAAAAGGAUGAGAGUUCUUUGGGCUUCCUGGGCAGCCUAAAGGUGAUGGACACUCAGCAUCAACUCUUCUUCUUGAUACUCAUCAUUAUGUGUGUGUGGGAGGCGGCAUCCGCACCCUUGGAGUGGAAUGUAGACGACGGCCUCUACGAAUAUUUAGAUUUCGCGGAUGCCUCGGACCGCUACAGCAGCACCAGGGUGUGGGGUGUACUUGGAGCAGCAUGCGGGGUUGGGGUAACCGGCCUGCUGGUGAGCCGACUGGCAUGCCUCAUAGCUGCUCAGACCUCAAGGAGUGUGGUGCAUUUCUACUGCUAUGCCAGCCUGGCGUUUCUGGUCCUGCCCCUGGCCAUGUCCCUCCCUCUCUACCUGAACAAGAAGCGAAACAGGACCAGCGGGCUCCUGAAAGCCCUGCAACUGGUGCGCGGCUCCCCACAGGCUGUGCUCUGUGUCUUCACCACCCUGCUGGUCGGGGUGGCGAACUCGGCCAUCGACAACUUCCUCCUGUGGCAGAUGCAGGAUCGCGGAAGCAGUGAGCUGCACAUGGGACUAUCUCUUGCCCUCGCUCUGCUCUCGCAGGCCGCCUUCCCUCUGAUGGCUGGCCGAGUCUCCAGGCUGCUCGGCCCUAGGAGGAUGCUCGCAGUUGGAGCCGCGAGUCUCGGCCUGCAGUGCUUCUACUACUCCUUCCUCUGGGGAGCGUGGGCUGCACUGCCUGCUCAGGUGCUGAGUUGUUUCAGCAGCGGAGCUCUCUGGUGGGCCGUGAAGCUCCAGUGUGAGGACAUCGCCACACCAGGGGCUGAGAGGAGCGUCAGGAGGGUCUACAAGUCCCUCUCUAUUCAUCUGGGUAGUGCACUGGGGAGUUUGGCUGGAGGGUUUGUGGCCCAAAGCAUCGGGCUCACAUGGAUGUUCAGAGGACUGGCGAUGGUUUUGAUAGUGUGGUGUGUGUGCCUGCCCCUGCUCCAGUGGAAAGCCCCCCACCACCGCAGGAUUAACUAUUCCCGCCUGCUGGCAGCGGAUGCAAGCGAGGCCAGUGACUCCGAGUCAGAACAGGAGAGAGACUGGCUUGAUAAAGCAAUGGAAAAUGACAAAAGCAACAACAACAGUGCAAGGAAGGUAAACCACUAAAACCUCCAGACGGUGAAAAUACUAAAAGGAGCAAUUCUGUGAAUAAGAAGAAUAAAUUCACUGUCACAUAAUAAAUGAAUCAGAUUUCGCUAUUAAUAUGGAAAUGGGAGUCAUCGUUCCCUUCGAGCUCUGCAGCCUUGCUUAAAGAUAUGUCACUCUUCAUCACCAAGUUGCACAGUCCAGAUGGGGAUGAUUAAUUUCCCACCCUGACAGGAUUCAUUACAAUCAAAAGUGUUGACUUUUCCUUCUCAUUACUUUUCCAUCAGAAUUAAAUGUUACGUCAUCCAGUCUGUCCCUCCAUUUUUUCUUUUCUUUUCUUUUAUCAGACUGUGAGUGUCAGCUGUACGGAUGGAUUUUGGGAUUCAUCUCUGGGCCUCCUGAGCUUUUACUAAUGUACAUUUGCAUAAGCGGUUAUUGUUUUCUAAAGCAAAGAAGGCAGCAGGAUUACAGCCGAGCAAAUCAAUUACUCAGUGCCACCGGGCAGCUUAAACAGCCUGAGGUAUUGUGUUAAUGGAAGCUUCUCUCAUGGUGUAUAAACACAAGACGUGUGCAAAAGGUGAGGCCAAACUGUUGCACUACCACACCCGAACCUGCUGUUAAUCAGCUGGAGGAGUCACUGCUGACUGCUCUCACUUAUCAGCUUUGUGUCUCCCUCUGGGCUCUAAACUCUGAACUGAAGAUAUAGAUGAAGCGAGAUGAAAAUCUUUGUUUAUGUGUAUUGAACUGGGGUAACUUGAGCACAUUCAGAAUGUCUUGUGCAAAAAUGACUUGAGUUGUACAGCCCUGAGCUGUGACGACAGUCAGAAGACACCUGUUUAAAAUUUUAUUUGUCUAAUUUAUAUUUCUGCUCAUGUCAGAUGUUCUCUCUCCAUAAAAGAUGUAUUUAGACUGUGAAACCAUAAAUCUGCAUUUCUUGCACUGACCAGCAGGGGGCAAAUGCUAUGUUUGGAGAAAGGACUCCAAUUACAUAGAAGUCUAUAUGAAAGAGAACCUAUUUCUGAUCCAAUUUAUCAUAAAUGCUUUUCCAAUGAGUCUCAAUUUUGAGCAUCAAGUGUUCUUAUUUUGUAAAUUUUGGUCCAGUUUAGAGUUUAAUAGACAAUAAAUGAGAGUAUACUAUAGGACGGGGUGGGCAACUACAGGCCCCGAGGGCCAGUGUCCUGCAGGUUUUAGAUGUGUCCUUAAUCCAACACAGCUGAUUCAAAUGGCUAAAUUACCUCCUCUACAUGUCUUGAAGUUCUCCAGACGCCUGGUAAUGAACUAAUCAUGUGAUUCAGGUGUGUUGACCCAGGGUGAUAUCUAAAACCUGCAGGACACCAGCCCUUGAGGCCUGGAGUUGCCCACCCCUGCUAUAGGACAUGGCUUCACAAGUACAAGUGUAACUUCAUAGAGUCCUCAGUCAGAUUCAACGUUGCUCAAGAUGGCUAUGGCCAAACUGCUGAACUAAAAGCUUUAGAAAACCAGUCAGUGGAGUAACACUGGUUAAGUCCAUCUUUUGUAUACAGUCUGUGGGAAUGCUGUAAGUCACAGGUGUCGAACUCCAGGC